ACGUUAUCGAUUGGACAACCGGGCAGCCGGCAAGCAUAUUUUGGAUUCUUCCCCGUUGUCGUUUUCAUAAACAGAUCCUUUCCGUUUAUAACAAAUUUGGUUUAUAGCCGCCGCAAGUUGGUACGACUAGCUUUUUCGGCAUUUGUUGUUGAUUACGCUUCACUACUACUCGGUCUGUGUCUCCGCGGAUGCCGUCCAUUAAUUUUCUACCUAAAUCUCUUGCCCGUUUAAUGUUUUUCUCUACGAUUGUGUCGUUAACGUUAUGAGGUUUUUAUUUGUUUAAAUAGUUAUUGUGUCGUAAUUCCGCCAUCGUUUACAACGAAGUACGAUAAAUACUGCAUCACGGUCUUAUAUUGUUGAACCUAACAUUUCUCCGGCGACUGUUCAAUAAUGGCGGAUGAAUACACAGAAGCGGUGUAAGUAUUAUACAAUAUUAAAAACUAUUGCGAUAUCGUUCUAUACACCUAUACUGUACAUUCUACAAUUCUAAUUAAAACUUGUUCACUUUUCUUACAGUAAAAAAUACAAUAGGUACCUAAAGAGCGUGGGUGUGUGUGUGUGUGUGUGUAUGUGUGAGUGUGAGUGUACCUACCCUUGUGCUCGGGUGCAAGUGUGUGUAUGUGUGUGAACUAUAUUCUGGAAAUGGCCAAAAUAAUAAUACAAAUUUAAGCCAAAAGAAUCUAUUAAUUGGGUUACCUGAAUACUUACAUACAUAUAGCUGCGAUAAAUGAUACAGUGAUGGUAACAAUAAAAUUAUGCAAUAUAAAACAACGAGUACAUUUUAUUGUUACCAUACCAUUUAACGCAGGAGUGUAUACGUAAAUACUUCGUAAGUGUAAAAGGUACUCAUAUUUAAUAUUGAAAUACCUAUUAUUUACCUAUCUGUCAAAAAUACUAUAAUUUUGAUAUAUUAAGAUAGACUCAUGUUCUCAAUUUGUAAUCAUCAAUUUACUUAUUAAUAGAUAAAAAUGUGUUUCAUACAAAUUUAUUAUAUGAAUAUGUUCACUCUGUUCAUUCAAUUGUUUACUUUUUUCAUCAAUCAAUAGCUACCUAGCCAAAGUAGGUAUCUAUUAAUAAUAGGUUGUCUUUUAUUAAACAUACAUCUUGAUUACCUAUACCUAAGUGAUUAAUUAAUUAAUAUUGUUUUUGCUGUAAUAUUCUCGACAAAAGCAAUGAAAAAUAAUGUUAGGUAUUAGAGGUAGUAGCUAAUAUUCUGAUUAUUAUAAUGAUAUUAUCAAAGCUGAAAUAAUGUCAGAGGCUAAUAAUUGGUAGGUAUCACAAUAUAAAUAUUGAUACACCAACAUUUGCCAUACCUAUUGAAUAUAAAACAAUUAAUAGAUUAAUACUCGAAAAAAAAAAAUAUACAUAUAUUUAUAGGAACAAAGCAAAACAAAGCCUGGAGUGUUAUAAAUAUUAUAGAUAUAUUUAAACCAUUUUCAAUUUAAUAAAUAUCAGACACAUAAUAGAACAGCAAAAUGUAAUAUGCUAUUAAAUAUAAAAUUGAAAUGAGGAUUACAUAAUACCUUAUACCACAAAGGGAUACAUGCAUGGAAUGUAUACGCUUAUUUAACAAAUCAGUGUUGAUUUAAUUAUAUUUUAAAAGAGCCCCUGGAUAUCUUUUAGUCGACAUUAUCAACUUAAUUUCCUGUAUUUAAAUAUGCCCUUUUACCAGUUUAUACGCUUAAUUUUUCUGAUUUUUUGAUACCAAAAACGUAUUUUCUGUUUUUAAUAGUAGUAUACACCCUUUUAACAAAACACCAUUGAUAUAAUAAUGUUGCCUUAUGAAAACCAUAAGAAAAAUCCAUGUUUAUGUAAAUGUUUUAAAAAGUGCAAAACCCUUAUAAUAAUAUUGUUACUAUUCAUUAUAUUUAUUGUUAUUUAUUAUGAAUUACCUAUCAUAAUACCAGUUCUAAUAAAUUCUCAAAAACAAUAAUAAUAAUAAUAAUAAUAAUGUAUUAUCCCUUUUGAAAUUAAUAAUAAUUAAUAAUUUAAUGAACCAAAUUAAUUACAGUGCUAAGUAAUGAUUAUAUAAUACUCCAAGCUCUGUUUUGUUCUUUCUCUGUGUAUAUUUAUUUAUUUUGCAUAUGCACCUAUACGAGGGCUAAUCAAAAAGUAUCAAGACUGGUAGUAUCAUUCGGAAAGGAGCAUCGAAGAGCAGUAGGAUUGGUAUCACUUGCUUCUAUGACUUUUUCUGAGUACAUUUGUUUUUAUUGCUUCUAUAUAAAAUUCUUCCGUUUGAUUUCACUGAUAUUUUUGUAAAAUAUAUUUUUCGAGUUUGGCGAUUUUGUAAUAAACCCAAAAGAAGAGUAACUUGACACAUUUGGAGAGUUUAGAAAAUUUGUCUGCAUUUUUUACCAGUUUCAAAGGGAUGCAACAUUUCGUGGUUUUUGCCAUUAANCGCCAAACGUGAAAAACAAAUUUUAGAAAAAUAUCGUCAAAUCAAAACGAAGAAGUUUAUAGAGAUUUUAUACGAAUAGAUGUGCUCAGUAUAAGUCAUAGAAGCUAGGUUUACAAAUCGUUUUGCUCUUCAACGCUCGGUUUCCGAGUAAUAUUAUCAGUCUCGAUACUUUUUGAUUAGCCCUCGUACAUAUGUUAUUAUAUGUUUAUAAUAGGUACUCAUAUAACUAAUUAAUAAUAAUGUUUUAUGCAUGACGAUUGAUAAUCUGAUUCUUCAGUCUUCUACUCCCUUGCUUAUUGAUAUUCAUACAAUUGUACAUCAACAUUUUUUAAAUAUUUUGUUUAAGAGAACUUAAUAACUUUAUGAAACCAUGAGAAAUACUAUUACCCACUAUAACCUAUUAUAUUAUUAUAUGUAUGUAUUGUAUACUUUUGAUUUAAUUCUAGUUUAGCGUACUGAGUUUAAAAAAAAAAUAAGUGGCUAUUUUAAUUUUUUUUUUUUUAAUUUGUAGGAGAUUUAUUGGAAAUGAUGAAGAAAGUACACAUUUGAUCCAUGAUAGUUGUACUACGAUUUUUUCAAGUACAGGAUCACAUAACAAAGGAAGUUCAAAGUUAACACUUAAAAAUUUUGUCAACUAUAGUUGGGGUCAAUAUUAUUAUCGAGGACAAUUGAUUGCUUUGCAUAUUGGUGAAAAAUACCUAGCUUAUGCCUUUACAAAACGUGAAUAAACUAAAAUCAAAUUUAUCUAUUAAUAUUAAAUAAAAUAUGUUUGUGUUUUACAGCCGAUACUUCUGAAGGAUUGGUUCGUAUUGUCAAAAUAGAUCAUGAUAAUUACAGUAGAGCUUUAAUCAAAGGAUUUUCAACGGCAGUUGAAGAUAUUAGUUUUGCCCAUAUCUAUGAAAUUAUAAUGUUGGCUUGUAUUGAUCAAUCUGGAAACAUAUACAUUUAUGUUGUUAAGGAAGAUGUUGAAAUGCAUACAAUAAAAGCUUUUCCUGUAUUUCAAAUCAAUGGGGUUUGUAUUCAAUGUUUAAUAUUAAUCUAGCUAAUCAAAAUUAAUUAAUGUUAUUUUAUGUUUGGGAUUGACCUGGAAAUAAUAAUAAUUACUAAUUAGUAAAUAAUUUUGUCAUUUUUGUAACAAUUAAUAUGUUGAAUAAUUCAAGAGUAAUGAAUAACAGAACAUACUUUUUUAAUGUUUGAAACUAGAUAGGUAAAACAAAUUGUUUAAAUAGUGUAAACAAUCUGAAUAGACUUAAUUUAGUGAAAUUAUAACAAGUAUCUGAGAUCUUUAUGCAUGUUAAUUAUUAUUAAAACUGUUGGUUAACCAAUUUAUCUAGAUCAUUAUGAAAUAAUAAUAAUGUACUAAUAUUAAUUUUUGGUUAUAAAAGUUCAAUUAUUAUCAUAAAUAUUUGCUUUAUUACUUUUACUUUUUACAUAAUUAAAAUUAUGCGUAAUAUAUUUUAAAAAUUUUAAUUUAAACCAAGAUUCUGCCCCUUUUUGAAUUAGCUGUUAAACUACAUAUUCCAAAGGGCAAAUCACUAAUCAAUAUAGUUUGUACACCAGAUUAUUAAAGAUGUCCUGUAAAAUUACCAAUUGCAUUUGUACACUUGAUUUCUGUUAGUGAUUUAUCCUUUGGCUUAUUUUGUUUUUCUAUUCUUUGUAGUAAUAAAUUAAUUUAAAUAAAUCUAAAAAAUAAUAUUAAAAAAGCUGUCUUAGGAUUUUAGGGGCGGGUGUAGCCUCUGUUGUAAGUGGGAAGUUAGAAAAGUAAGAUACAGAUUGAAAUUUAAUGUAUAUCCAAUUAUAUAGGAUUAUAUUUUUAUAUUUAUUAGUUUUCGGAUAAAAUAAAUUUCUAUUGAAAAUAUUUUUUGAACACUAUAUUAUCAUGGACAUAGCGCAUAGCUUCUAUUUUACAAAAAGAUAAGCAACAAUACACCAUUGCUUACUAAAAAGGAUUCUGAGUAGAGUUUCAUUGAUAGUGUUGCUUUGUCAACAAUAAAUAUGUCAUAUUAUGGUAAAUUAUUCACAUUUGCAUAUGCAUUUUUUUUCUAAUAAUAUUUGUUUAAUAUUGUACCUAUUUUCCUGUUCACUUGUUUUUCCCCAUUGGAAAAAUCAAAAAAUACCUUCCUAAUCAGAUUUUCUUUUUUAGAAAAAGUGCUAUGAUUGUAAAUCUGAGCAAUAAAAAAAAAAAUGUAAAACCCAAUCCAUUCUUCACUCCACUAAGAAUCUAAAACCAUUAUUGUUUUAUUUAUCUACUCUACACUAUUAACUCUUAGAAUUUAUCCGGAUUUGGAGCGACUAGUCUAUUUAGCUUUCAAUGUUGCAAACUGAGAUAUUCAACUAAAUAUUGAAUAAUUUCUUGGAUACAGUUUUGUUGGUACGAGAACUAAUUUAUUAAGAUGUUUCUUCAAUUGUCAAAUUGUAUCUUGAAUUUGUUGAGCAUUUCUUCUAAUAUUUUAUUUUAUUUUUGGUUGUUCUAAUACAUAUUGAAUCAGCUCAAUGAGAAAAGUUGAUUUUUGAAAUGUGAUACUGUUAAAGGUAAUAACUGUAAAUAAGGUAAAUUCAUAUUAAAUUUUGUUUGAUUUUUUUUUCAAUUAGUUUGUCUUCGAGAGAAACAUCAAUUUAAAGAAAUUUUUUUUUAUUUUCAUUCCCUAAACACUAUAAAAAAAAUAAUAAAUAAUAACUAUUAAUUAACUUUCAACAAUUUUCAAAAUAGCUAUUUUGUAAAAAAAAAUUGUAUUCAGAAAAUGUUAAUCUAUCACAUAUUUAUUACUAAUGAAUAAUUUCUUAUUUAUAGCCCUUUUAAUUUUUAGAAAAUAUGCCUGAAAACAAUUAAUAUUUAAUAAAAUAACAUGUUAUGGGAUAAGAAAUCACAAUGAACACUGUACAUUUUUAUUGAAAAAAUAUUAUUGUAAAAAUAGACAUUCUGAAUGGAAUUCAGUUUAUUGAUGUUGCUUUGUCAACAAUAUAUAUGUCAAAUUGUGGUAAAAUUCCAAUUCCAAAAUUAAAAUGAAUCCUGUAUUUCCCAGCUUUUUUUUUUUUUGGUUUUUCGCAUUUGAUGUAAAAACUCCUGAGAAAAUUGAAAAAGUACCCCCCUACACGAAUUUCCUUUCAGAAAUGUUACUACACAUAAAAAUCAUACCAAGAUCACUGAUAGAAAAAUUGUCCACAGAACAAUAAUAAAAAAAAAAGAGCUGUCACUAGGAAUGGAAGUUAUUAUUGUAGGUGAAAAGUUGGAGAGGUAGGUUACAUUAGGUUAUAAUCCACAGACUAGAAGAAUAAAAAAAGAAAAAUGAAAUAAACAUCUUAGUAAAACCCCCCUCGCUAUACUUGGAAUCUAAAACCAUUGUAAAACCUUAAGCUCUACUCAGAAUCUUAAAGAAACAUUAAUCAUUAGAGUAUAUAUAAUAACAUUAUUAUUAAUCCAAAAAAUAUUUAAUACAAUCAAGUUCAGACAGUUAAAGAAAAUUAAUUAAAUUUGUGGUUUAAUUUUUCAGGAUCCACAAUUUUGUUAUUCUAACAAACAUCUUAUAUCUUGGUGUCAAUACAUUCCUGAACAAGUUAAUAUUUUAAAAUUGCUUGAAUUUGAACCAAUAUACAAAGGAAAAAUAUUAGCAAUUGUUCGGGGUUCAAAUGUAAGUAUAAUUUUAUUUAGUGUUUAACAGUAAUAUUUAUUUAUUUAUUGUUUUUAUAAGGUUGAAGUAUGGCAUAUUGGCAUUGCAAGUAGUCAAACAGCUGGUCCAGUUUAUGGGAAUUUUGAUUUAAAUACAACUUUGGAUAAAAAUGUGUUGAAUACUAUUAAAAGUUCAGUUAUUAAGUUCAGUUUAAGUGAUUCAGACGUAGUUAGUGUAUCAUUUUCUCCUGAUGGUUCAAGUAUAGCUAUAGCUUUUAGCAAUGGAUCUAUUUUUUUUUAUCAAGUAUAUAAUAUGAUAUUUUUUUGGUGUUAAAUUGAAUUUAAUAAAAACAUUUAUUUCAGAUUUCAUUUGAAACCUCAAGGGAAUUCCCGAAAUGUGUAUUUAAUUGGCAUCCUGAUGAUGUGUUUUUGUCUUUAAGGUCUAUGUUAUUUUUAGACAAUCGGAAACAUGUUGUUGGAGAGUAUGUAAUUUUUAUUUUUGGUUUUUUUUUAUUUUUCAUUUAAAUAACAAAUUUAUGAUAGUUCAAUGAAAAUAUAUCAUAAAUGUAUGCUGGUGUUAUUUUAGAUAAUAAAGAUUAUUUAUUUGUUUAUUUACACUACUAAUUGAUUAGAAUAGCAUAAAUAAUGUAUUCAUUUUAAAUUUUAGUAUUGAACUGUGGAAGUAUGUUGUGACUUUUUCUAGUCAUAACGAAUUAAUUUUAUGGUCUUGUGAAACAUGGAAACAAAUUCAGAAAUUGAAAUUUGUUAGACCUUAUAAUACUAAUAAUCCUAUGAAGUUGUCAGUUGAUGGAACUGGAAGAUAUUUAUUUUUGAGCGAUAUAGAUAAUAAUGUUAGUUACAAGUUUUUACAUUUUAUUUUUAUUAAUUAUUUUAUUUAAUAUUAUGUUUGAUAUAUCUGUUUAGUUGCUGUAUGUUAUGGAAACAUCAGUGGAUAUUAACUCUUCUCAAAACAUAAAAAUUGUAAGCAUUAGUGAAAUUCUGUUACACAGUCCUAUGCUAAAUAUGAUAAUCCUUAAUGCUAAAAUUGAUCAUAAUGAAGUAAAUUUCACAGAUCCAAGUAACUAUGUUUUUUUUAUGUCAGAUUGAAUUAUAAUGGUUAAAUAUGUGUUAUACUAUUUUAGAUAUAUAUAUUCGUAUGGUAAUAUCCAAGUAGUAACACAAUAUAUAACAGGAAUUAACAUAUAUAAACUAAAAAUUUAGGUGACAACAAUUUUAAAUUUUACAAUUAUAGCUAACAAUAACAAGAUAAAUAUAAUGACUAAUAAGGGCUUACAAUUCUUUUNUACUCAAGCUUCAGAUAUUCAUACUAAGAAUUGAAUAUAUAUAUAUUCGUAUGGCAAUAUCCAAGUAGUAACACAAUAUAUAACAGAAAUUAACAUAUAUAAACUAAAAAUUUAGGUGACAACAAUUUUAAAUUUUACAAUUAUAGCUAACAAUAACAAGAUAAAUAUAAUGACUAAUAAGGGCUUACAAUUCUUUUUUCAAAUCGGACAGCCAGCGGAUAGAAUCCCCUUCCAAUGCAUGCAAACUUUUCAUACCAUCUGGGAAAUGGUGUGCCAAGCACUCUUCAACAAGAUGUUUCAUUGUCUGUAUCAUACCAGUUUCGCAUAUUUCCGAAUCUGCCAGUUUCCACUUGUACAUCAGGUGGUUUGAUCUUCCUUGUCCGCAGCAAAAGCGGUUGGGUCUUGACCAUUCUCUCCUUGGGAGAUUAAAACCUGGGAGCUUGAGAUCCAAGUUCAUAAUUAUAAGGUUUUUUCGUGUUCCGUUCCUUUUUCCAUCAUUCCUUGAUUGUAUGAAAUGUGCCGGAAUUUUCUAGCUAGCCAGGAUUUUGUGAUUUUAGUCUCAUCGGUGGUAGAUUUGUUAUAUCAUCAUAUAUCGGUAUAGAUUGAUUUUUGGUAUAUUUCUGCCACUGUCUUCUAAGAAAGUCUUCUCGUCUGAUAUGUGGAAGAGGGAUAUUUGCUAAUUAUCAAUUAAUAUUUUAGAUAGAAAUAUAUUAUCAAAAACAGUAUUUUGGCAGACAAAUAUUUGAGAUAUUUUCAGCCAACUAUAUAAAAUAAAUCAAAUACUAGUUUUUUGUUCUAUAAACAUCACACACCUAUUUAUCUUUGUUCUAAGUUUAUUCUGUGGUACAUAAUGCAGUAUGUUUUUGUUAUAAGAUAAUGAAUAUGUUCAACUAAAAUAAUUUUCAUUCAUUAUAUUUUUAUAUUUAUUACUUUUCGGAUAAAAUAUUUUUUGAACACUAUAUUAUCGUGGACAUAGCGCAUAGCUUCUAUUUUACAAAAAGAUAAAUUCCCAGACAGCCCAUGUUUUUACAACACAAAUUUGCAUAUACACAAUGCGUCAUAUCCAGUUAAAUUGCAUGAUUAAAAGUAAUGAAAUUCAAUUAACUAGAUAAAAUUUGUUUAACAAAAAUCCAUGUAGGUAUAUAUUGUUUAAAAUUCAAACUCCAAUAAUUUUAAUAGAUUCAAUAGAAUUUGUUAUCAUAAAAAAUAAGAUAUGACACAAAUUUCUUGUUAUCAUAAAAAGUAUGAUAUGAUACCAAUGAUGUUUUCUGCAUCACAUUUGUACUUUUUUUUUUUACCUUAUUUGCCUGGAGUUAAUUAGGGAAAAAACAAACAAUGGAUGGGAGCCAACCAUUAUAAUAAAUAUAUUUUCAGAUAUUGUAUAGCUCAUUUUUUAAAUCAAAUAAUUAAGGAAAAUAAAUUUUAAAAUUUUACAUCUAGGCAUCAGAAGUUAAAUGGCAUAAAUUGUAAAUUCAAUUGGCAUUAGUUUCCCAUCUGAUAAUUAGGUUCAACACCUAUUACUGGUUGAUAUGACCAAUUAUUGUAAUAUUUAAUUUAAAAAAAAUUAAAACACAUUUAAUUGAAAUUUAAAUUGGAUUAGGCAUACUAAUGCAGUACAGUAGAUGUGUAGCUCUCAAGUGCUUUGCAUGGAGUGAAUAGUAGCAUAUACUUUUUAUUAUUUUUAUAACUUGGUAAUUUUCAAAAGACUGUUAUUUUUAUAUUAUUUUGAUAAUACUUGAAGACAAAAACAAAUUAAUUGUGAAUUUAAUUUAAUAUCAAGUAUAAUUUGUACUAAAGUACAAAUAUUAUAGGUUCUAUAGUAUUAUUACUUGUUUAACAGAGUACUUUUACUUUUAUGAUUUUUUUUUUUUUUUUUGUGUGUGUUUUAUAGCAUAAUUUGUUUACCUUUUUAAAAAUAUUUUAACAUAUUCUAAUAUUUUCUACCCCAUUACACUUGCUUUGGUGUGCAUUUGUGGGUGGAUGCAGUGUUUUUCACAUACUAAUUUUUAACAUACUGUAAACUCAGUGUUUUGGUGUAAAUUAAAUUACUUUUUAAACUUCCAUGGUGUUAAUUUCCAAUGAAAAUUAUUGACCAUGGUUUAAUUAUUAUAUAUAGUUUUUCUAUUGUCAAUAAGAUAAUACAUUUUAUUAUAUAUAGUAAUAUUAUACUAAUAUAUUUUUAAAAUCAUACAUUAAUUAACUAUUUAAUUAAUAUAAAUUAUUAUAUAUUAUAAUCAAUACUAUUACCUAUUUUUGAUUUAAUUUUUUAGGUGGUAUUUUUAAUGGUGUAAAAAGAUGCUCUACGAUUAUUAAUUUAUUUGCAAUUCAACCAAAAUCACUCCAAGAAGGACAAUUAAUUAUUUCUUCUCCGGAGAUAUCUAUUAAGGAACAAAUUAUGGAAAGUAAUAAAAUUGAACCUACAACAAUAUUCCCAAAAGCACCUACUUUAGAUACUCUUAUGGAUUCUAUAAAUAUCUCCCAAGGCAAUUCAGAAGGUAAUUAUAUUAUUCAAAGAAAACCCAACUCAAUUUUUAUUUGGUUUAUCCUAUAUAGUUAGGUUACAUAUUGUUUUUAAAGUUAUAAUGGAAUAUAAAGAAUUUUUGUUAGUGUUUAAAUUUUAUAUUAGCUAAUCAUUGAUUAUUUUUUAAUUUUUCUUAUUUACUAUUAUAAAAUGCAGUUUCUAUUAAUUAUAAUAUUCAUCCUUAUUAAAUUGUCUACAAAAUUAUUUUACAUAUUUGAAAUUUACUAUUAUUUUACUUUUAUGCAUGCAUUUUUUUAUAAUACUCAGUUAUUUCAUAUUUUUGAUUAUUUUACAUAAUGAUAUAAUACACUAAUAGCCGUUCUCACCAACAUAAAAUAAGGCGUAUUCUUAAAAUUGGUUUAUGGCUGACCUAACUGACCAUGAUUGGUUAAUUAUCUUAUAAACUCCAUUUUAAAAUCAACAUUUAUAUUAGUGAGAACGGGUUUAAGUGUAUUAUUUUUGGUUAUUUUCUUACAACUUAAUAUAAUAUUAUGUUUAUUAUACUUCAAGUAAUUAAAACAUAUGAAGAAAAAGGGAACCUGAUUGAACUAACUUCAAUGGAAGUUCAUUGUUUAGUAAAAGAAAAAUUGAGAUUAAAAGGAAUAAAUAUUAAUUCUAAUAGUUCAGCUUCAAUGCAACAGGUACUUACAGAUUUUUGUACAAAUAAAUUUAUAUCUAAAAAAUAUUUCAUUAUUCCUUGAAGAUAAAAAGCCUACAGAACAUGCAGAGCCAUAAUUUUAACGCUAUACAACCCAUUUCAGUAGUACAGUCGCCCAAUUCUGUCUAUUCAAAGGUAUUUAUAAUUUUAUACUUAUUAUUAAUGUAACAACUAUUUAUAUAUUAUAUAUUAUGUUGGUAUUCAUUUUUAAAUAUGUAUACUUAAAUUGCAUACAAUUUCUGUCCCACUACAUUAAACUAACUGUUAUGGAUGACAUUGACACAGGAAUGAUAGAUAGGAUUAUUAGUUUAAAUUGCUAUUUAAAAUAAAGUAAUGAACCAUAAGAUAAAAUUUUUUUAUAAAUAAGUACCUAAUCUACCAAAUUACAUGCUAAAUAGGGCUAUACAAUAAUUUAAAGGUGUUUUUUUUUUUGAUAAAACUCUUUAUUACUAUUAUAUAUUUAUUGUUUUGUUUGUUAUUAAAUAUUAUUAUUAAUAUAACUGUUAUCGUGGUUUUUUUAAAAAAUAUAAUUAAAAACCGAAAAAGAAUAAUAUACAUGUAUUAAUUUAUCGAGAAUAAUAGAAUAUCAUGAAGAAAAAUUAAUAUUAAUUUAAAAAUGUAAGGUGUACGAAUACUUUUUACACUCGCUGUAGAUGUUUAAAUUGGAACAUAGAAUUUACAAUUUUAUACAAUUAUAUAAUAAUAUUAUUAUCUAAUACUUAUACAUAAAAUUUGUAACAACAUUUAAGUAAAUAAUCAAUAUAUUUGUAUUUUGUUUUAUUUUGUAUAAUAAUACAAUAUUAGUAAUGAUUAGCAUAUAUUAUAAAAUACUAUUCAGACAUUGCUACCAGUACACUAUAGAUUAUUUUUUUUUUAUUAUUAUUAUUAUGUGACCAUUAAUAUAUUAUAUUUAAACAAAUAAUAUACUCCUUCCCUUCUUUGGGUACCUACUACUUAAUUAUUUGUAUUAUAUAAACUCCCAUUGAAACAUAAAGAUUAUAUUUUAUUUUAAAAUACAAUAUACUAAAAUAUCCAAAGGAUUAAAACAAAAAAAUUGUUAACUAUAGACAUAAUAAUACAAAAUUACUAAUUCAUUUUUGAUAUUACCAAAUUCCAAUUGGAUAUUGGUUAAGAUUGAUAUAAUAAUGAAAAAAUAAAAACUGAAUUGAAAUCGAAUUCAAAUAUUGGAUAUAUAUUUUAAUGGGUUCUGAGUACACAUUAGAUACUUGGGAUUUUAUAUGUGUACAAUUAAAAUAAAAAUUGUUGGUAAAAAUGUUAAAUGAAAUUCCACAUUGGGGGUGUUAAUGUACCUGAUUUAUAUUGAAUAUUUUACAAUUAAAAUCAUGGUUUUAUGAUGGUUCAUUCUACUCAAUUUGCUAAUAAUAAAUACUAUAAAUAUAAAUUUUAUACUAAUGGACAACAAUUAUUAAAGAUUUAUAAAAUGAAAUAUAAUUUACAGGCAAGCCCAUGAAGAUUAAUCCCUUGAAUAUCUUGGAAGAUAAUAAAGAUUAAUCAAAUUCUGAUUUUUUUUUUUUUAUAUUACACGAAUGAUGACUAAAAAUAUUUGUUAUUAAAUUUAACUUUUUGUUAAAAAUUCAGUUUAUUUUAUUAUUUUCAGAAAAUUUUAAUGUAUCACAGAUUUAUAUCCAAUGAAUAGUUUUUAAGUAACAAGUGGUUUAAAUUCUACAAAUCCAUGUGAAGACUGUGUAAUGUGGUUAUUCCUUAGAUAAUAUUGAUUUUCACAUGGAUUUGUAGAAUUUAAACCAGUUGUUACUUAAAAACUUCAUAUAAAUGUAUAGUACAUUAAAAUUUUCAGAAAAAUAAACUAUAGAAUGGAUACCUUAAAAUUUUCCGAAAAUAAUAAUAAAAAAAAUUAUUUUUAUUAUCUCCAGAAAUAUUCAAGGGUAUAUUUUCCUGUAUAUUUAUUAUACAUAAAUCUGGUACUGUUUUUAUGGUAGCCUAGCAUCAGAGUUCAAAAUAAAAUUUGUAUUAGACUUUUAGAAUCUUACUAAAUGACAAUAAUUAAUAUAAAAGUAAUUUAUGUAAAUUACAUUUAAUUAUUAGAAAUUAUUUGUUUUGUUAUUUUAGAAUGUAUACGAAUUAGAAUUAAAUGAGAUCAGAGAAUGCAGCCCAAUUAAUAAUGAAGUUCAACAAAUUUUGACGCAAAAUCCUGAAGAAGAUUUACAGUACAUAUUUUACAAUUGUCAAUAAAAAAAAAAUAAAAAAAUCAUGUCUUAUUUUAAAUGUUAUUUUUUAAAAUACAGUUAUGAACACAUUGAAACACAUAGUGCUGAAAAUCGUAGUUUUGAAGAAAGUAAUUUCAUUGAUGGGGAAAAAGAGGAGGCUCUUUGUUUUUCUGGAGGUUCUGUAUUUAAUAGAACCUCAUCAUCACUUUCAGCAAUACAGCAGCCUACUGAUAAAUCUGAAAUAAAUAAUGGAAUUGUGAAUCAAAUUGAUGAUAUUUACACAUGUUUGCAAGAUAUUAACAGCCAGUUGAAAUGGCUGACGAAAAAACAAAAAAAAAUUGAUACUCAAAUAUCAACUUCUUUGCUAACCAAUAAGACAGCUGAUUUACUGUCUAGAAAUUUAGAGCCCGCCUUAACAAGUAUAUUAAUAGUUUAAUAAAAUGUAUUUAUUUACAUCUUUAUUUUUAAUGUAUAUAAUUGUAUUUGUUAAAGAUGUGAUAAAAAAUGCAAGUGAACAAGCACAUAAAAAAUUACAAAUGAUAAUGGAGCAUCAGCUUACUGCCUCACAAAAGAAAAUGACAGAUAUUGCUAGGAACUCAAACUCUAAUCAAGUAUAAACAUAAAAUAAUUUAACUACCUAAAUAUAUUUAAUAAUAACUUAUAUAAAUACUUUAUAAAUAGUUCAUAAUAAUUUCAUAAAAUUGUUAUGUAAACUGUUGGUCCCAUAAUCUAUCUGAUCUAUCAGUAAAAUUACAGUUAAUGAACAGAUUAUGUUGUAUAAAAGCAUUCACAUUAUUUAAAUUAUUUAUCUAUAGUUAUAACUACUUAGUUAUUAGUACAAAUAUUUAUCUAUAUCAAAUUAUAAGGGGAUAAUUUAUUAUUAUACAACUGGUAUACAACUUAAUUGUUAUUUCAUUAAGAUAUUUUUUCUAAAUGGCAAAUGAUAAUUAUCUUUAAUUCAAGAAUGAAAACUUCACAGGCAAAAAAAUAUCAUUUGAUCGAUUAAGGGCCGCAGUAAAAAAAAAGCGUUUAUCUAAUUCUUAAACUGAAUUUAUGGCCGAUAAUCUAUAUCAGGGAUGGAAAAUAAGUGGCACGCAUGAGAUUUUCGAUGGCACUCGAAAAACUUUCAUUUGUCCAUAUAUAUUUUUAGAUUUUUAAGUAACAUACAAUAAAUUGAAUUAUCAAUUGCUCAUAUUAAUAAUAAAUAUUUCACAAUGACAUAUUGUUAUCUUAUCUUUAUUAUUAUAUAAUCAGUUCUCGUUCGUGUAUUGAGAGAAUACGACUGUGUGCGAGUAUUACGUUAUCGGUUAUUAAUAUAAAUUUUUAUUCAAAAUGUCACAUACAAAAAAACAAAAAUUACAGGAUGUACAAAAUUUUUUACCAUCAUGGACAAUUGAAUAUGGCUUUAUAAAAUACGGAGAUAAAAGUCGAUGCGGUCUGUGCUCUGAAGUUAUUGUAUCUCGGACAUCUUCUAUCAAACGGCAUUUUGAAACAAACCACAAAGAAAUUUCUGAGUUAAAUAUUGCCGAAAGAAAAGAAGUUAUUUCUCAACACUUGAAGGUAAUUGAAAACCAAUCUAAUUUGUUAUGUAAAUUAGUAAAAACCUCUAAUAAUGUCACUGAAGUAAGUUUUGAAAUUUCACAUAUGAUUGUUAAACACUCAAAAUCAUUUUGUGAGGGCGAGUUUUUAAAAACGGCCAUGUUAAAAGCUGCUCCUAGUUUAUUCCAAGAUUUUAAUAAUAAAGAUAAACUACUUCAGAGAAUUCAAGAACUACAACUAAGUAGAAAUACUGUUAAAGAAAGAAUUUUAAAAAUGACGGUCAAUAUUUCUGAUCAACUUCAAUCUGAUAUUAAUAGUUGUGAUUUCUUCUCAAUUUGUUUGGACGAAACAACUGAUAUAAAGUCAUCUGCUAGAUUAGCAAUUUUCGCACUUUUUUCAAACGGAAAUGAAAUGCAUGAGGAACUUUUAAAAUUAGCUAAUAUACCUGAAAGAACAAGAGGUACAGAUGUUUGUGAUAUUGACGUCAAUGAAUUAAAAAAACUAAACAUCAAUUUAAAAAAAAUUAUUUCUGUUACAACGGAUGGAGCACCCAAUAUGACUAGAGCACUAAUAGGUUUUGUUAAGUUAUUUGAAAUCCGCAAGUUGGACAUCCAAUAAUUGGAUUUCAUUGCAUUAUACAUCAGCAAAUGUUGUGCUCAAAAAUCGGCACAAGUGAUUUAAAAGAAUUGUCAGAACAAGUUAAUAAAAUUAUUAAUUUUAUAGUUGCUCGUGAUAUGCAUAAAAGACAAUUUAAACAAAUUUUAAAUAAUGUUAACUGUGAAUAUGAUACUCUUUUAAUGUGCAAUAAUGUAUGUUGGUUAAGCCGGGCCAUAUCGUUAGAAAGAUUUGUAAAUUGUUUGGAAUAAAUUCGCCUAUUUUUACAUGAUAAUAAGACUGAAUUUAAAGAACUUUAUAAUACAGAGUGGCUAACAAAAUUGAUGUUUUUCACAGAUGUAAAAAUUACAUUUAAAUACUUUGAAUAAAAAGUUACAAGGACGUGAGAAAACAAUUGAAGUCAUGUUUGGAUUAAUAACAGGCUUUGAAAUUAAAAUAGAUAUUUUUAUAUACGAUAUCAAAUCUGGAAAAUUUCUAUACUUACCAAAACUAAAAAGAAAUGUUAGGUGAAGUGGACAUUUUUGAACAAACAAAUUAGGAUUUUACCAAUGAAUUUUCAAAUAUUCUUGGUGUUAUUAAAGUACAGUUUUCACAAAGAUUUCCUGAUUUUAAAAAAAUUGAAAAAUUGAUAAAUAUAAUUAAUUAUCCCGAUUUAUUUGAUAUUCAAGAAUUUGAUAACAACUAUGUUAAUUGGAUGGAAUUUAGAUAAUUUCGAAAUGCAGUUAAUCGAUUUGCAAACUAAUCCAAUUUGGACAAACAAAUUUGUGAAUAUGCGAGAGCGUAUCGAAGAAUUGGAACGUCAUCGAAUACAUAACAAAGAAACAAAUUGCGGUGUUGACAACAUAAUAUUAGGAGUAUGGAAUAGUAUUCCAGAUACUUUUAAUUCUGUCAAAAAAUUAGCGACUUCAUUGUUAACGAUUUUCCCAUCAAUGUAUACNCAGAUUAACGGAGGAAGAUUCGGCAGCAUGUAUUUCCUUGCAAUCAACAUCAUAUCAACUAGACUUAAAAAAGCUUACAACCAAUAUGAAGCAAAAGAUUUCCAACAAAUAAUAAUAAUAAUUAAAUAAUUUUUUUAUACGUAUUAUUUCCAUUUUUACACAAUUUUCUACAUGAUAAUCAUUAAUUUUUCAUUUAUAUUUUUCAUUUGUAUUUUUCUGUGUUAAUAAAAAUUAUUAUGGCACAGCUAAAAAAAUUUUUUUAUUUAUGCCUUAAAUUUGCACGUUGAAAAAAUCCUAUUUGUCAUCCCUGAUCUAUAUUAUCUUAUAAACUCAGUUAAAAAUUAACGUUUACUUUGGUGAGAAUGAGCCUUAGUUUUACUAAGGUUUAGUUCUGUUUAUAAUUUUAUGCAUUAAAUAGUAUCCAUAAAUUAUGUAUAACUAAUGCUAUAUGAUAUAAUUAUUAUGUAACUAAUUUAAUUUAUAUUUAGAUCAACACAGAAUUAGUCACCAGGUCUUUAGUUGCUUCAUUAAGUCCAACUCUGGAUGCAAUUUUGAAAGAUCUUUUUAUGAGCACAGUUAUACCAAAGUUUGAACAAGCCUGUGUUUCCAUGUUUAGCCAAAUUGAUACACAUAUUACACAUCUUACGCAUCUUACUGAAAGAUCGCUAGAAUGUAAGUUAGGUUUUUUUUUUUUUUUUUUUAUAAAUAUUUUUGUUUAACUUUUAUUCCAACAUUUUAAAAUGAAUUUUUACCUGCAAUUUAGAUCAAAAUGAAUUGAAGCUAGUCUUAAACGAAGAAGGUAAUAUCAAUAAUAAAUUAGAAUAUGCUUUUGACAAGUUCACAGAUGAUAUGACUGGCAUUAUAAAACUAAGCGAAAAAAAAAUUUUAAAGUAAUUCACAUUAAUUAUAAGGUUAAACUUUAACUUUCUACUAAAAUAUAUUUGUUAAAUAGUGCUCAAACGGAAAUGCAGGAACAUUUUGCUGGUUUAAUAAAAGAAAAAACAUUGUCACAUGUAGAAAGCUAUGUUAAGGACUCUGAACCAGUUGUAAAUCAAUAUUUGAUGCUAUCAGAAAUUUUGGAUCGUGGGGAUGUCAUUGGUGCUUUCGAAAAAGUAAACCAUAUUUUAUAAUUAAUUUUACUUAUGGUGUGUUUUUUUUUAUUUCUGUCUACGAACACAUUUUUAUCCAUCUCAUGUGGAUGUUAGAUAAAUCAUUUCUAUACUCUACCUCAGAAGAAAAUAACCUCCCUGAAGUACCUCCCUGGUCCAAUUUCCUUUUAGAAAAGUUACUACACUUAAAAAUCAGCAAUAUUUCUGGUAGAGAAGUUGCAUACAGAUUAAAAAAAAAUAUAUAUAAAAACAUCUUUGUAAAACCAUAAGCUUCUUUGGUUCACUCAGAAUCUAAAAGUAAAUUAAAUUAUUGGCUAAAAAUGUUGGUUUAUAAAACAUAAAGCUAUUAGAAUUAUUCCUCAGAGUAAAAAUGAAACCACAUCAAUAUAAUUUACACCAUCUAAUAUAUUAAAUAUUAAAUACAAUGAUAAAUCUUGAGUAUCUGAAACUACUAAAAUUCUAUAAACAAUCUCUGAUUUAGUUUAUAAUAAAGAAUAACUAAUAAUAAUACAAUAUUUUGGCUAUUGCAUAAAUAUUAAACAAAGUAAGAUUAAGUUAACUACUAGAAAAAUAUUGUACUUAAAAAUUUAAAUGUAUAAAACUGAAUUGUUAAUUUAGAUAAUCAAUUAAAAUAUUUAUAUUUUUCCACUUUAAAUGAUAUGAAUAUGCGACAUAAAAUAUUAUUUUAUUACUUAUUCUUUAUAUCUAUCUAAUAUCACAAAUAAAAUUGUAUUUUUUUUUUUUUUUUUAAUCUUGUGUUUUAAAAGAACAGUGUAUUUGAUUAAUUUAGAUGUUUUAAACAUCUUAACCUUUUUUCAAACACUUAACAGUAAUUUUUUGUUCAGAAAAUCAGUUUUUUGAUAGUAGUUUUAAUAUAAAUUUAAAGGAACAAAACAUUAUCUAAGAUUAUAACAUGAUUUUUUGGUAUUUUAAUAAUUUUUAAGCACAUAUAAGUGUGAUAUAUCAUAAUUUAAAGCUUAAACAUUAAAUUACUAAAAACGUAAUGUAUUUCUCACUAAUAAUGCAAAAUUGAUCCAACUGAAUGAACCCAUAUUUAGGUGUGUUCGUGAAGGUAUGUAGUAAGUACCCACCAGGCAUAUGGCUUACUGAACUAUGUACCAUGAGAACUCUGGUCUUUAAAAAUUUGCAUACAAUCUUAGUUAAAAUUGUAUUUAAUGCAUUUUCUUUUAUUUCUCAGGCAUUAUGUGCUUCAAAUUUAGAUUUAGUGAUAUUUGUGUGUGAAAAAAUACACCCAGAAGAUUUUUUCCAUCAAUCAAGCAUGCUGGGUAUACCCAUUGUCCUAUCAUUGGUUCAACAGUUAUCACAUGAUUUAGUAAAGAACACAGAACUGAAGCAUGCGUAAAUAUUUCCUUUUUAUAAUCUGUAAUAAUUAUAUUAUUAUUUAUUUGAUUUAUAAUCAUAAUGCGGUUUUAAAGGUAUUUGGAAGCUGCUGUAUCCUAUUUGGAUUAUUCAAAUGAUUCACAUAGGGAAACAAUCAACAAAGUGUUAAUUAAAAUGAACAACAGUAUAGAUAAAUUUAUCAAAUACUAUCCAGCUCAUCCUUAUGGUCGUAAGUUAAAGAUGUUGCGGUUAGCUGUAAAGACAAUUAUACACUUUAAAAAUCAUGUAAAUUCAUAAGAAGGAUAAAAACAGACUGCUGAAAUUUUUCACUAUCUAUAUUUAAGAUUUUUUUUUUUAUUUAUUUAUAUUAUGUAAAAUAGUGUAACUGUUUAAAAAUUAUUAUUAUUAACUUUUUUAUUUAUAUACAAUGCUAUUAUAAAACUAUAAAUGUAUAACUUUAAUAUUUAUAAUAGUGAUUUUAUUCCAUUACUGCAUUCAUCCAUUCACAUAACAAUUUUACCUAUUAUAAUAUAAAUGUAUUAACUUUUAUAAUAAAUUAAGAUAUUCAUUUUUAUAUAAUAUUUUAAUAUUCUUUAGCUUAAUAAUUUUGAAUGUGCAAACUUAAUUUUUAAGUUAGCCACUAGUUUUUAAUAUUUAAUUGAACCAUUAAACAUAUAAUAUGUACGAAUGUUGAGUUAGCUACUCAAAAAAAAAAAAAGGGAAUACAGUGCAUUUUAUUGGAGUGAAAUUGUAGGAUUUAUAAAAUAAAAUAACAAUAUUUUUUAAUAACUACUUAGUUUCUCUAAGUGGAAAUUCCUAUUAUGUAUUUAUUUUGAAUUAUAUAUUAUAAUAUUAUUCUGUUCGAUAAUAUAUAAAUAUCACAUUACACUACACUAGAUUAGCAUGAUCCAGAAAGACUCAUUAUCUUUGAAACUAUUAACUUUUUCGGAAAUUUGUUUUUUUUUUUAAAUUUAAGAAACUAGUAACAAUAAAAUGUUACAUUUAAGAAUUUAUAAUUAAUAAUAUGCAUAUUAUAAAAUCAAUAAUUUGAUAAUAGUAAUUUUUUGUCAACCUUAUUUUAAUGGGUGAAGACACUCGCAUUUAUUUUUCAAAUUGCAACUUUUGUUAAAUUGUAUACUAAUUACUUUUUAUUAUAAUGAAAAUAAUGGCUAUAAUAAUAAAUAUCUGGAUGAUAAUAAUUUUUUUAAUGGAUGUUUGAAGAUGUAUUAGUAACGUACUUAUAACUUAUUUAUUUCAAUUUUAUAUUUUUAGGUUAUUUAUUGUAGUAUUAUAGCUAGAUAUUAUAAGUAGAUUGUUUAGAAGAAAGCAUGAAAUAAAUAAUUAUCUACAUUUUAAAAUUUGUAUCAAUAUAAAUAAUAACAUAUGGUUAAAAUAUACUUUCCUAGGCA